UUUGGCGACACAGGCAGCAGGGCGGCCGCCAACGGCGUCCGUGAAUUAGGCAUCUACCUCGUUGCCUGACCCGAAGCGCAGACCUGGCCUGUGCUCCAGCCUAGGACAAUGCACUGAAAACGUGCUAUAGAAGGCCGAAUAAUCAAUGUUCAGUGACUAAGCGGUGAAGAUGGGCCGCGAGCACCGCGCAGGAGCUCGAGGACCCCGGGGCCACUGGCGCUUGCCGCAGCUCGCCCUUUCCGGCUCCUCCCUGUUGUGCGCAGAGUGCGUGGCCCAAGGCGCGGGGAGCCAGCGCGUCGAAGACUAUGUUGCUUCCGAACAUCCUGCUCACCGGUACACCAGGGGUUGGAAAAACCACACUAGGCAAAGAACUUGCAUCAAGAUCAGGACUGAAAUACAUUAAUGUGGGUGAUUUAGCUCGAGAAGGGCAGUUAUAUGAUGGCUAUGAUGAAGAGUAUGAUUGCCCCAUUUUAGACGAAGAUAGAGUAGUUGAUGAAUUAGAAAACCAGAUGAGUGAAGGUGGAGUUAUUGUUGAUUACCAUGGUUGUGAUUUCUUCCCUGAACGCUGGUUUCAUAUAGUUUUUGUGCUGCAAGCAGAUAACAGUGUAUUGUACAAAAGACUUGAAACAAGGGGUUAUAAUGAGAAGAAACUAAAAGACAAUAUUCAGUGUGAAAUAUUUCAAGUUCUUUAUGAAGAAGCAUUAGCAUCCUACAAGGAAGAAAUAGUACAUCAGCUGCCCAGCAAUAAACCAGAAGAUCUAGAGGAUAACAUCAAUCAGAUACUGAAGUGGAUUGAGCAGUGGAUUAAGGAUCAUAGCACCUGAUUUACAAGACUAGCCACUUUACAACCACUCUUGUUAUAUCCCUGCCAUACUGAAUAAAUUGUCCAGUUAUCAGCAAAACUGUUUUAUUAAAAUUGAACAGCAAGACAAGUAGAUGGAUAACCUAAA